GUCAGAGCCCCCUGAAGCAUACCAGAGACUCACUCUAAGGCUCUUUCUGCCCCUCUUGGCAGAGGACACCUGUGUGAGAAUGAGUCUGCAGGUCUUAAAUGACGAAAACGUCACCAGUGAAAAAAGUACAGAAAACUGUGAUUUCCUGUUUUCACCACCAGAGCUUACCGGAAGAACAUCUAUUCUUCGCCUGUCACAAAAAGAAAAUGUGCCCCCCAAGACCCUGGCCAAAGCUACAAAGGUGACUUUUCAGACACCUCUACGAGACCCACAGACGCACCGGAUCUUAAGUCCUAGUAUGACAAGCAGACUUGAGACUUCUUUUGCUUUGGAUGGCACCAUUGGAUUAGAAAACUCUCAUGAGGUCUGGACACAGAAAGAGAAGCAGCAGUUCACCAAGGAAGUAGACACCAAAACCACCAACGGGAUUCUCCAGAAACAAGCAGUGGCUGAUGCCUACCCUCCUCUAGUGGACUCAAACCCAGCCUUUGAUGAGGGAAGCUCCGGUGAGCCUGGCACGGCCCCCCUGGCCGACCUGGCUUCCUCAAGUCCUCCCCAGAGCCCAGGAAGUCCUGAAAACCAAGCGGCGCCUCCAGGGCAAAUGUCUGGAAGCCCUGAGCAAGCCUUGGGGGAAGACAUGAGCUCUUAUUCUUUAGGUAAAAUUAUGACAUCUACCUCGAAGGUUCUAGAAGACCCUCCCCGGCUAGCGUCCCAACACAAAGUGGAGAUUCCUCACAGAGCCACAGGGGAAAGCUCACACGAGGGGGCUUCUGCUUCCUCAGCCAUGGCCACUUCACCUCUUGGCGUGAGCCCUGAAGGACCAUGUGGAGUAGUGCCCCAGGCAGACCUGCCUGGUGAGGCCCUGGGCACCCCUGUGCCAGCAGACAGUGCCCAGUCAAUUCCAUGUGCACACACCUCUGGCCCACUGAAGGCUGGUGGGUCCAUGUCCCCAAGUCCUCAGAAAGAAGAUGGUGUUGGCCAUAUGGCUGAUUUCUCAAGGGCCAAGCCUGUAAGGCUAGAAUUUGGCUUCUCUGAUGAUACCACCAGCAGAGGAGUGCCCCCACCCAGGAGACUGGGAGAGGGACUGGAGGGCAGGCAGGAGCAAACCUGCGAAGAGGCAGAAGGAGGUGGGAGCAAAGCCGGAGAUGAGUGCCCCAUACCUGCUCCCCAAGGCUCUUACCACCUGGACUGGGAUAAGCUGGAUGACCCAAAUUUCAACCCGUUUGGAGGUGGCUCCAAGCUGGACAGCAGAGAGGCCCAAUCCUCGGAAAGCCCCAAGACCAGGCCAGCGGGGCCUGCAGCCGGACAGCUGAGUGCUGGGCCUGCGGCUGCUGAGAACUCACCACUAAGCCAGCAGCCAUGUUCAGCCUCAGUGGGUGACACACCUGUGGUACAGAUGGCAGCCGAGACCCCGAGAGCAGCAGUCAAGGAGGGACCCCUGAAUUCUUUAGGCACACCACUCCCCACAAGCUCUCCAGGCAGUGAGCUGACUGCCCCACCUGCCAAGCCGGUGUCUCCCCCAUCUCAGCAGGGUCCAGAGCCUGCCUUGGAGCUGAAGGAGGAGACGUUCAGAGACCCGGCUGAGGUUCUAGGCAUGGGGGCCGAGGUGGAUUAUCUGGAGCAGUUUGGAACUUCCUCGUUUAAGGAGUCGGCCUUGAGGAAGCAGUCCUUAUAUCUUAAAUUUGACCCCCUCCUGAAAGACAGCCCUCACAGACCAGUGCACAUGGCUACGGAGACAAACAGCGUGCACCACGUGGACAGGCCUUCCUCAGGAAACCCACUGGAGGCCAAGCUUGUGGACCUUGAUUUCUUUGGAGCUCUGGAUGUUCCUGUGCCAGGCCCACCUUUGUGUGUCUUUGAGCCUGGGGGUCCACCUUUGCCUGCUGGGCCCAUCAUAGACCUGCUGCAGUACAGCCAGAAGGACCUGGACGCGGCGGUGGAGGCGGCACAGAAGGAGAACAUGGAGCUGAAGAGCAGGUGUGAGGAGCUCCACGUGAGGAACCUGGAGCUGGGGAAGAUCAUGGACAGGUUUGAGGAGAUCGUGUACCAGGCGAUGGAGGAGGCUAAGAAGCAGAAGGAACUUGGCAAAGCCGAAAUCCAGAAGAUUCUAAAAGAAAAAGAGCAACUUACUGCAGACCUGAACUCCAUGGAAAAGUCCUUCUCUGACCUCUUCAAGCGGUUUGAGAAGCAGAAGGAGGUGAUUGAAGGCUACCGCAAGAACGAGGAGUCGCUGAAGAAGUGCGUGGAGGACUACAUGACGAGGAUUGAGAAGGAGGGCCAGAGGUACCGCGCGCUGAAGGCCCACGCGGAAGAGAAGCUCGAGCUGGCAAAUGAGGAGAUCGCCCAGGUCCGGAGCAAGGCCCAGGCGGAGGUCCUGGCCUUCCAGGCAAGCCUGAGGAGGGAGCAGAUGCGGAUCCACUCACUGGAGAAGACCGUGGAGCAGAAGACUAAGGAAAAUGACGAACUGACCCGGAUCUGUGAUGACCUCAUCUCCAAGAUGGGGAAGAUCUGAUGGGAAGCUGGUAGCUGGCACUCCCUCUGGUCUGUCCGUCUGAUUCUGUCUUAGUUUUCAUGUUCUUUCUUAUGUCUUAACCUCAUUUUUAAAAUUAGAUUAUUUUUGAAUAAAGACUAAAUAAAGUUUGCCAUUAAAUUCUGA